AUGAUCUCUCCGCCGCUCUUCGCGCUCUUCUCGUUCACUCAGCAGCGUGACGCCGUCUAUCCCAAUGUGCCGGGAGCUUACUACUGGACUGAGGACAACUUCUACAACGGUCCCAUGAGAGGAUGGGGCAGAGAUACACAGCACGAGGCAGGCAUCCCUAUCGAUGCAAAGGCCGUCCAGCCAAACUCUGUGUACAACGACUACGGCGUGCCAAUGAUUGGAGCCUUUGCUCCUGUCAACACCUACGUCUACGAGCCGAACUGGCACCCUGACGCUAUCUGA